AUGGCCAUGGCUUCUGUUUUUUGUUGGCUGCUGCUUUGGCUGCUUAAUGCGGCAGCCGGUGCAGGCGCGGACGAGGCACCUGGUGUGGAACGCGCGAGGCUCUACGGCAACCUCAACGCGUAUGCCUACUACUUCACAGACCUCCAGGUGGGGACACCCAAAGCGCAGCUUACCUCUGUCAUCAUCGACACGGGUAGCCACCUGCUUGGCUUCCCCUGCGGCGGCUGCGACCACUGUGGGAGACACCUGGAGCCAGGCUUUUACAUGAGCCAGUCCAAGACAGCGGAAUGGACGCCCUGUAAAGCGGAGCUGCACUGUGAGCACUGCUUUGAGAACAGGUGCCAAUACACCGAAAAGUACUCCGAAGGGAGUUCGAUCUCCGGCCACUGGUUCGAGGACUACGUGAAGCUCGGGGACGUGUUCCAAGAAAACCCGGCGGUGAAAGCUCGGAUGGGCUGCCACAACUCAGAGAACAAGCUCUUCUACACCCAGCAGGCCAAUGGCAUCAUGGGCCUGGCGCCACCGGAGCACAAGACUGCUACGGGCAACAUCUUGCACGACCUCUUCCGAGAUAAGAAGCACGUGGAUGCAAAUCGCUUCGCCAUCUGCAUGGCUGACUGGGGCGGGCUGCUCUCCGUGGGGGGCGACAGCGCCGAGUAUCACACUGGAGGGGUCAACUGGAUACCCAUGCAAGUGGAUGGUUACUACACCGUCCAUCCGAAGAGCAUGAUGGUCGAAGACCGGUUGCUUGCGGCCGGCCCCUAUGAUUUCGGCAAGGCUGUGAUCGACACAGGCACGACUCUGACGUACUUCCCCACAGGGGUGUACAACAGCCUCAUUGCAACCCUCGAUGCCUACUGCGCGCUCCCUGACAAGUGCAAGACCGAGCGCCUUCCGGGCCAUCCGAAAUGCUGGCGUUUUAAGGGCGCCACGACCCCGGAGGGGGAAAGGGCCGCUUUGAGCCAGGCAAACUUCCCCACUAUCAAGAUGAAGUUCCGUUACACGGAAGAGGAUGUGGAAGUCAUUUGGCGGCCGGAGGCCUACCUCGGCAAAAGGAUACGCAUGGGGGAGCUUUGCUACGCCUUCGCCGCCAUGAAGCAGAUCGACCAGACCAUCCUCGGCAUCUCCUGGCUCCUGCACAAGGACGCCAUCUUCGACGUGACCAGCCAGAGGUUUGGAAUUGUUGACGCGGACUGCCCGUCGCAUCACAAGAUUCCGACAUCGCUGUGGGAGAUGUUCUCGGGCCCGAGCUGGCUGCUGCAGCCUAGGCUGUCCAUCUCCCUGCCGCUUGUUGCGGUGUUGCUUGCUGGUGGCUUCAUGCUGAUGGCGUGCAGGUUCUGGCGGCUCUUCUCGGCGCUCUAUGCACCGCGCGUGGAGCAGUCCGAGACCGGACCACUCCUCUGA